GGGGGCGGAGCAGCCGCUGCCCGGCCUCCGAUCCCCUCCGCUUCGCAGGGCACCCCCGGGGAAGCCCGGCCUCCGCUGCCGCCCCUCCGGCUGCAGCAGCCGCGAUGGAGGCGGCGGUGCCGGGGGAAGCCAGUGUUCAAGAUGAAGCUGUGGACAAAAGCAACUUUAAGGAAUGCAACCAGAUUGCUUUUUACAGGAUGUUCCUUUCAAAGUGAGCAUUCCACUAACCGGCCAGCAUAUUUUAAAAGGCGUCAGAAACUUCUACGUCCUGGAAAAUCCUUGUAUCGAGCAUUGCUGGAUUCAGUCACAUUAAGUGAUGAGAAUGUCAAAUUCCAAAUUAUUCAUGAGGAGAAUAAGGUUCUUCUACAAGUAGAAAUAUAUGAAAUAGAAGGCAAUAUUUUUAGGAUUAAAAUUAAUGAGGCAGCUCCUCUCAGAGCAAGAUAUGAAGUUCCUGAUGUUCUUAUAAAGGAACCUACCACCCAGAGACUCUCUGUAUCCCAGAAGGAGGCAGGUAUUUUGGUGCUGACAAGUGUUAAUAAGGACUACACGCUUCAAGUCACAGCAAACCCCUUCCAGGUUGAGCUACACUCCAAGGGUGAGACUGUUCUGAGCAUGAAUUCCAAUGGGUUGUUAUAUUUUGAGCACCUCCAACCACCUCCUAGUGAUAGAAAAUCUACAGCAGAAAACGAGGAGGCAGCAAGUGAUUCUUCUAAGGAGAAACAGGAGGAUCUAGGUCUCUGGCAAGAGAAAUUUGGCAGUUUCUUGGAUUUCAAAGCUCAUGGUCCAAGUUCUGUAGGUGUGGACUUCUCUUUACAUGGAUUUGACCAUGUCUAUGGAAUACCACAACACGCAGAAUCACUACUUCUCAAAAACACAAGUGAUGGUGAUGCCUACCGGCUUUAUAAUUUGGACAUCUUCGGACACAAGAUACAUGAAAAAAUAGGUAUUUAUGGUUCAGUGCCCCUUCUCUUAGCACACAAGCCUAACACAACUUCAGGGAUUUUCUGGCUGAACUCUUCAGAAACACUGGUGGAUAUUAAUACAAAGGCAGUAGCUGAGCACAAACAGUCCGGAUCUGCUGCAGAUACUGCUAAGCAGAGGGCAGUGCCUCUAACUGAUGUGCGCUGGAUGUCAGAAAGUGGGAUCAUUGAUGUUUUCCUGCUGAUGGGACCAACUGCAUUUGAUAUCUUCAAACAAUUUGCACAACUGACAGGCACUCAAGCCCUACCUCCCCUUUUUUCUCUGGGCUACCAUCAGUGCCGCUGGAAUUAUGAAGAUGAGCAAGAUGUCAAGGCAGUAGAUGCAGGUUUUGAUGAACAUGACAUUCCAUACGAUGUGAUAUGGCUGGACAUAGAACACACAGAUGGGAAGAGGUAUUUUACGUGGGACAAGAAGAAGUUCCAGAACCCCAAGAGGAUGCAGGAACUUCUCAGGAAGAAAAAACGCAAGCUUGUCGUCAUUGUAGACCCCCACAUUAAAGUGGAUCCCAUGUAUGCCCUGUAUUCACAAGGAAAAGACAAGGGAUAUUUUGUGAAAGACAGAAAUGGACAAGAUUUUGAGGGCAUCUGUUGGCCAGGUUCGUCUUGUUACCUAGAUUUCACCAAUCCUGAAGUGCGAAAAUGGUAUGCAGAUCAAUUUGCCUUCAAAACAUACAAGGGGUCCACUAAUAUCCUCUUUGUGUGGAAUGACAUGAAUGAGCCAUCAGUUUUCAAAGGAGCAGAGCUAACAAUGCAGAAAGAUGCUGUGCACUACAAGAACUGGGAGCACCGGGAAUUGCACAACCUCUAUGGAUUCUACCAGCAAAUGGCGACUGCAGAAGGACUCAUCAAACGAUCUUCAGGAAAGGAAAGACCAUUUGUUCUCACACGAUCGUUCUUUGCUGGGUCACAGAAGUAUGGGGCAGUGUGGACUGGAGACAACACAGCAGAGUGGGGUUACUUGAAAAUCUCCAUUCCAAUGCUUUUGACCAUCAGCCUGGCAGGGAUUUCAUUCUGUGGAGCUGAUGUGGGAGGGUUCAUUGGAGACCCAGAACCAGAAUUGCUUGUUCGAUGGUACCAGGCUGGAGCCUACCAGCCCUUCUUCAGAGGUCACUCUAACAUGGAGAGCAAACGGCGAGAACCGUGGCUCUUUGGGGAGAAGAACACCCAGAUCAUCAGGGAAGCCAUUAGAGAGCGCUACGUCCUCCUGCCAUACUUAUACACACUGUUCUAUCGGGCACACACAGUGGCUGAACCAGUUAUGAGGCCUCUCUGGGUAGAGUUUCCAGGGAAAUUAGAAACUUUUGGUGUGGAAAAUGAGUAUAUGCUAGGAAAUGCUCUGUUGGUGCAUCCAGUCACGGACAAAGAGGCCAAGGCAGUGAGUGUUCUGCUUCCAGGGUCAGAGGAGAUUUGGUAUGAUUUCAGAACAUUUAUACGAAUGGAAGAUCCAGGCACUCUGAAGAUCCCAGUAACACUGGACAACAUUCCUGUAUUCCAGCGAGGAGGCACUGUGAUACCUCUUAAGACUACAGCUGGAAAAUCCACUGAAUGGAUGAUAGAUGUUUCUUAUGAACUCCAUGUGGCCCUGGACACAGAGGCCCGUGCAAUAGGUGAGCUCUACCUAGAUGACGGACAUUCAUUUCAGUACCUCCACAAGAAGCAGUUCCUGUACCGGAAAUUCACUUUCCACAAGAACAUUUUGUCUUCCAGCUGCAUGUGCGAAAGUGGACAAUACCACACCACAUGUGUAGUUGAACGGGUGGUAUUUCUGGGAGUUGGACAACAACCCACUUCUGUAUCAGUCUGUUCCAAGGAUGGGAAAGAAAAAGAAGUGGUUUUCACAUACGAUACGAAGACCUCUGUGCUGAUGCUGGAAAAUUUAGCCCUGAGCAUUGAUGCUGACUGGAAGAUUUGUGUCAAGUGAAAUACGAUGCAACUUCUUCAGAGAAUUCAUUGAAAGGUUGAAGGGAAAUCAGUCUGGAGGACUUAGAGCAUUCACUUGAAUCCAGUCAAAUCAAGUAACCUAUUUCCUACCCAGUCAACCCCAAACCAACAUUUUUUUCUUUAAAACACCAAUUUGAACUUGGAUAGCUCUUCUGUUCAGCAAAGGUAAUAGCACCAUGAUUGUAUCUGUGGGGAAAGAGCUAAAUACUAUCUGUUCCAGACUAGCUUCAGUUAGGCUUUAAGAUUAAGUUCUACUUUCACUUGCAUCAAAAAAAAUCAUGAUUUGAUGGUGUGAGAUUGUGGCUUAUUGGCAUGGGGUUUAAUGUAUUUGGCAAUCACACCUUUCACACAUUAGAGUACUUGAGAAGAGAGAAACUGUGCCAGUUUGACAAAGAACAUCAUUAGGUACACCUGAUACAGAGGUUAUCAUCAGAGUUCUGUCUGCAAGCUGCCUCGUGAAAACAAACCCAGAAGGAGACACCCAGGGUCAUUACAGAUAUUUCCUCUUUUAAGUCUUUAGAACAGUGCAAAAUUAGGCAGUCUGUACAGGAAAAUAAACAACAGGCUAGCUGAACAGUUCAGUCAUUGAAAGUAAAGUUUGAAUAAGUAGUGCCAGCCAGUUUCAUGAUAGUAAAAGACAGUGAUGUGGGAGUGUAGAAGUCUUUCUAAUAGCUGGUGAAACUUUUUCAAAAAAGGCACAGGUCUAUAACAGUGGUAGCAGGUUAGGGUAGCAGCUAGACUCACAUGGAAACAUCUUCCACAGUAUUGCUCCUCUCUUUCUGCCAGUGCUACUUAAACAAACGUACAAAGAAAAGUAGAAGGUAUUUUGUUAGGAAAGAAUUGACCUGUUUUGAUUAAUUGAAUGUCAUUGGUUAAGGUUAGCCUGGUGAAGCAAGGGUCCUUAUGUGGAGCUCUGUUCCUCCACAUCUUCAAGCGCUUGUUAUGAUCUGGCUUCUGUUACACAUAGUUUAGUAAUUUCUUGGUCAGCUUUUAGUUUCUGGAUGAGAUUUGAGGUUUGUAGGUGACAAUGAAAGAGCUUAUUCACAGAAGGGAAAUUUGAAGUGCUUAAAAUUUUCUUUAUAGCAGAAAAUGUUUUAAAUUAAUGGGAUAAGUUCUGCAUUUGGCUGUCUGAUUUCAUACUUACUCCCCUAUUCUUUUAAAAUUGACCCUAAUGCUCCCCUGCCUCUUUUUCCAACCAUCUCUGCAUACAGAACUGCUGUGUCCUGCUGUUUUCUUUCCUUUCAAAACUAGAAGACAUCAUGAGAGCCCUACAUCCUGCUUAUUUCCACAGCCAUUUCCAUAUGAGGUCUCUCUCUUCACAGGCUACCCACUGCUCUACAGUUCAAGUUGUUUGCCCUUUCCAUUUGCUAUGCUUUUAAAGUAUAUUAUUUUAAAACCAGUUCUGCUUUGAGUCAAACCUAAACGUGCCAUUGGUUGGGUUUUGUGGAUAUAAAAAAAGGCAGAAAUGACUCGGUAUCUUUUAAUAUGAUAAGGAAAUAUUUUCUAAAAACAUUAGUGAAUUAAAUCUUAGGAAAAAGAGAAGGGCGGUUCCUAUUUUUGCCCACUGAAAGGGACAUAAUAGUCCAUUUGUAUGUUGUUUCUUACUCCUCAUCCUAAGCCCUCUCUGUGCUUGCCCAGUCAUCUCCCACCUGCUGCUGUUGGUCCUCUGCAGGGCAGAUUUCUGGGAACAUCAGAGCAGACUAUGUGUGACUACUACACUCCUGAGUACCAAGUGCAGUUUGUUUCCCACUAGACCCUUAAGUUCCUACCCCCUGAUUCUGCAGAGCUGUUUUUCAGUUCCUAGCAGAUACCAUGAACCCCCAGUCCAGGAGCUGGGAACUAGCAGCCUAAACUAGCAGACUAAAUAAUGCUUAAUGCAAAUAAGUAAAUCCAGGUGGGACGGUAGCAUAUAGAUCUUAUACAUCUGUAAGAAGAGAGACAAAACCUAUUUUUGAGACAGACCCUAUUUUUCUAUCAGUUUCUAAGCUUUACUUGAUAAUUGCUUCUUUUAUUUAAGCAUAGUGAUGCUUCUGGCAGGGUGUAAUUAUUGUCUGGAGCAUUUUAGUGAAAUGUUUUAACUGAUUUUUCUGAAAUUUGAAAGUAAAAUGAAGUAACAAUGAAGUGAGUUGUAUGCUUCUUCCUUCUGAAUUUCUACUGUUGAGAAUCAUUUAAGUAUUAUUUGAAGUGUAUCUGAUUAAAGUGAAUCACUAACAUUUAUGCUGUGACUCAGUAUAUCUGCACCACAGAAAGUACUCAUAAGUCAAAUUUUCAGUGUUAUGAAGUGCCUAACUUCUGUGGACUUCAAUACGAAUUAUUUGCUCAAAACCUUUUUGCGGUUGUCUUUAUACAAUAAAUUUAGGGGGAAAAAUUCAAAAAAA